AUGUGUUUUCUCGAAAUACUUUUGCUCCGGCGAAUGUUACUGAGAGGUAAGUCCAUAUUGUAAAUCGUUCAAACGCUCCUCUCGACAAGUUUCGAAAGAAGUUGAUUUCCGCUUCUUCAUUUUUUAUCGUGCUCAUGUCCUGACCUUCAAACCCAAGUAUAUUGAUGUUAUUGCGUGUCAGCAGUCAAUGGCGCUUUGAGGUUUUUAGGCGCACGUGUAAAUAUUAGUAAAUUAAAGGCUAAUGUAUUGUGGCCUUUCAUUUGUUUUUAAAUAACUAGAGAUUAACGCAAGUCGACUUAAUGAUAAAGUUUAUUUUAAAAUGAAAGUUGUUCUAUCAAUCGGGCCUUUUUUGUAUUUUUUGAAAUUGUUCUUUUUCCAACGCUUGCAAUAUUUGCGUUAAGCGUGACCGUGCUUUAAUUGGUGCAAAAUUGACGCAAGGAAAUCUGUUAGAUUUUAUGCUAGGAGUAAAAAGUUUAAUGUGAUAGAUUUGUGGCAUAAAAGGUUCGCCAAGUUGGUUGCAAUCAUCUUCUCAAGGUCGACUACAGUAAAUAUCAGAGCGCUCAAGUCUCAAGCAUUGAGCAUGAAACACUUAAAAGAAUUUUGAAAUCUUACGUUCUCAAGCUAAAACUAUUAUUUCUCACAUAUCUGAGCUUUCUGAUCUAUAUUUAAUUUUUGACUUUGCCAUAGCAAAUUGCUGCUUUACGUAAGUACCCAUAAAAUCAAUUCUUGCUCAGAAUAAAGGAAUGCACGUCUUUACUACUUCAAUUACCUACAAUUUUGCGGGGAACCAUGCUACCUCCCCCACUACCACCCAGGGAGGUGAUGCCUACGGUGUCAUGAUUUAAGGCUAUGCGGUCAGCAAAUCCACCGGUGAGCUCUGACAAUUGGGCAUGUUGAACUUAAUUUUCCGCGAGUUUGAAAUUAUUCAGAGUUACAAGUUUGCAUGCGAACCGGCAGGUAAUGAUCGGUUUCAAGUCUGGAAAGUGUCAGAGGUAAAGGCGGAUUUUAGAUUCAUGUAUUAUAAAAAAAAGUCCAAAAUUGCAUUUUAUAAGAUUCUGUUACCAUAACUUUGUUGCAGUUAUAUGUGAAGUGGGGUGGGGGGUGGGGGGAGGGAGAGAAAGGCAUUUCUUCUUACAGAACACGAGAAACCAUGCCUCUAAGCAAAGCCUCAGGAACUGUGUUCCUGCUAAGACUGGUCAACUGUUGCGAAAAACUUCUAAAGAAACUGCAGCAAAAAGCGCCGGAUUGACUUGACUAAUCAACGCAGAUAACUUGAAGCAAUAAACGUCCUGUAAAACCUGAGAUUCUACACUUUGAAAAGAUCUGUACUCACUUGUAAUCUCUUGUAUUAUGGUUAUACUUUCUCGACCUAGUUUGGCCCCGCAAACGAAAAAUCAAUUGCGCGUCAGUCAGAACUUACCUCACAAACACAAACAUAUGGCUGGCGAAAUCUGCUUCCAUUGUUUCAAGCGGCAUUUAUAGGGAACCCAUCUCAAAUGAAAAGGUACUCAUGCUCAUGCAUCUCGGCCGAGGAAGGCCUGGGCAUAAGAUUAAUUCAUGGAAGGAAAUACCUAUUGGUCAAAUAAAUUAGUUUUAUUUUUCACAGUUGAGAGGGAAAUGGCAAUUUGAGGAAAAUCUCUCUUUUCUAUAAACAAUAGUGAAUGAAAUAAAAUAGAAAAGUACACUUUGCAAGCCUGACAAGCCUCCUUUGUUUCGCAUAUAAAUCAAAGCUGGUAAAAUUUUCGGACUGCAUGUAGCAUAUUUUCAGCAGUAUUUGACCACUUGUAUUUUUUAAAGAAAUUGACUUUAAAAAUUUAUGUAUUGAAAAUUGUUUGGACGUCCUGGAAUAUUUUAAGAAAGAAUUGGUGUAAAAAGAAAAAAUUACAGUGAAAAAACAAAAAAAAAAGAAAAAUGCAAAAAAUCGGCUCUCUACACACAGUAAUUAUUCUUUGCGUCACACGCGCGCGCAAAUUAAUUACUGCGUAUCGGAGACGUAACAAUGAAAAAGAACACAUCAACUCGUUUCUCUGUUCAAGAAAGACGUACUUUUUCUUAAAGCAAGAAAUUUCGAUAGAUUUACAUUUCUGAAAUGGGUAACUGUCAAUCCCGCAUUUGUAGUUACAGCGAGUCAAUUAGUGAGACUUCCGUCAAGAACUGUGCCUCAAAAAGAGGCCGAAAGUCAGACAAAUACCUGCGCAGCCCAUCUGAGUCCGUGAAAAGCACGAAUUCAGAAAGUGGCUCCCAAAGUUCAAGUUCCUGUCCACGUUCACUAUUGACGCCUUUGGAGCGCUUGCAAAGAGCGAGACGCACCUGUAGUGAUUUAAAGAGUCGAUUGGAAGAGGCCUUGGCGAAAUCAGAGAGAGUGGGACAUACCGUGACUUCAGGGUCUGGAGAGGAAUUAUUCCUAAGCGCCUCAAAAUGCGACAGCAAGAAUAAAUACCGCGAGGAUGUGGAAGAUAACAACGGUGCAAGCUCUGGCAGCGUUUCAUCAUUCCUGGCGCGGCUUCGAGGGUCGUUGGAGGACCUACGUCGGAAUCCAGUAUGUGGUUCUUCAGAUGAGGAGUUCGACAGCGCCUUAGAGAAACUUACUGAUUACUUACCCGACUGGCUUAUUAGUGAUCUAGCCUCAUUUUCGCCUAGAAUACUCAGUCCUGGAGAGGUACCUGACUCACUUGACCCGCAAAUCGCGUCCCUGUUGCCAGAGGGAAGCAUUCGUCACAACAUUCCAUCUGACUCGUCCUCAAUCAGCCAUCUUUUGUGUGGUCCUCCUUCGACUGGUACAGACGCGAAUCGAGCCACUAGCAUCAGCGAUAAGUCCCAUUCUCUCACUCUGAGCCAUCUUUACGAUCCACCAACUCCAGUGCACCAUAGAGCACCCGUUCGGCGUCAUUCGGUAGAAGAUUCAGUUGCUUGCAGUGGGAUUGACGAGAACGAUAAUGUGGAUGAUUCAGCAGAGAGAAAACUCUCGUCUAUGUGCACGGUUGCUCAGAGACUCCAAGGCUACUCAAGAAGGAAUGCCAUUCGAAAUGCUAUCAGAUCACUCGAGCAUCUGUCGAGAAGCAUUGACCGAAUAACUUGUCAGUCUCCAAGCGCCUUGCCUCCUUCUGAAAGACCCACGGGUGAUUCCGCACAAUUGUCCACUUCCAGCAACUCCAGUAUCGUCGAGUCAACCAGUCUCAGAAACAGUCCCCCACGGAGAUGGCUGAGCGCCUUGAGAAGGAGCCGCCGUACCUCUGCAAGGGUUUCGCCUUCUCCCUGCGACUCUGGUCCGGUAGAGUCAACCAAUCCAGGCAACAAUACCCCACGAAGAUGGCUGAGCGCCUUGAGAAGGAGCCCCCGUUCCUCUAGGAGAAUUUCGCCUUCACCCGGAAAGGUGCAAAAAGUUGAGGUUCAAUCUUACGAUGAAGACAAUGCCAAGAUGUUUUGUAAACCGCAGCCAUCGCUCGCCGUUGACCCCAUCAUAGCGGAGACUUCCGUUAUUGAGCCCUGCCCCUGCGAACAAGCGUCAUCAAAGUCGACGUCGGCUACACCAUCACCAGCUUCCACCAUCACUAUCACCAGUACUUCUUCAUUUGAAUUUGAAGAGGUAAUCGACCUAGGCUCUCCUGCGUUGGAUACGACCACCAACGCACGUCCUGCCGCGGAUAGCGGCGGGACGUGAGAGCUACCCCCCUUCUAAGUACUUGGCCUCUGGCGUCCGCGGGAGCAUCGAACCGGUGGUAUUAGAGGUAGGAUCCUUAUGGAAAACAUGAGGGGUGGUAUGGUCGGAACGGGGUUAAACAGGUGUGACAGGGAAAGUAAGUAAUAAAUUCACUGCGCUCUUCUUUUCCCUCAGGUUUUAAAGGUGAGCCAUGAAUUUAAACCCAAGUUUGAUUAAGGUUGGGGUUCCCCUCCUACGCGGGGGUAGUUCAUGCAAUAAAGGAUAAAGGAGUGCCUUUUGAGCCAAAAUAGGUUAUUUUAAGCCUGGUGGAGCGUUCCCAUGAUCCCAUGUAAGAUUUUCUUGCUUUGCCCCCCUACCUACCCCUCCCUCCUCAUGUAGUUGGGUAAUCAGCGACAGAAAAAUGACACUCAUGGCAUUUUGUAAAGCCCCCUGGGAAGAUUUGUCAUGGUAAAUAUUUAAGAGUUUUUCUACCAAGAAUGCAAUCAAAAGAGACCGUUAUCUCUCUUGAAACUCAUCAACCCGAUGAAUGAUGGUUUGAAUUAGGAUUUUUAGUUAAAUUCCUCCUAACCGCGAGAGAUUAAAAUUCCGAUGCCAUCUCCUGGAGGCGGAGUCCCCCAAUGUAUACUCGUGUUCUAUUGAGGAAUGCUCUAAAUCCUCUUAAAGGAUUUAAAUCGAACACGAUGCUGUGAUAUUUUACACUAUAACACGGAUUGAAAGCUAAAAAUACAGAAAAUACACCAACGCUCACGCAACACUUCCGAUUUUAUCCUUGCGAAAGCAUAGGUCAUAUGUCAUUUUCGCAUGUCGCAAUGUUGAUUACUCAGUGUCUGAAAACUAGGUAUUUCCUUGCUCAGUUGUUUUUCAAUGGUUUGCGUGACCGCCAGGAACGUGAGUGGAGCCGUGGGGUACUUUUACGUCCACGGGCUCUACAUGCAGUUUGAAAGGGUUUUCCUUCAAGUCACGCAAAAAUCUUCGCCUAUGUGUAAAUGACGUCUUCCUCGAGCCGCUGUGCGCAAAGUGAGAUAGUAGUUCCGUUUAAGUUGGUGGUAGUUCCGUCAUGGGCUCCCGGUUCCCGUUUAAAUCACUCUUAUAAAAGAGGAUUGGAGGGAAGGCUUUUCUAACGUUCAAAAGAAUCUCUUUAGAAAAGGGAAAAUUGUUUUUCGCAAGUGCUGAUUGCUUUGUGCUUUCCGGAUCAAUUUGGUCUGGGGUUCGACUCAUCCCGCGCUCGUGGCAUGACUGAAAAAACAUCGCUCCUUAACUGAAGUUUAUAUUUAACUGUUUAAGUAAAAACCAUAAGAUAGCAUGAAAGCUAGGGGAUUAAUUCAAUUCAUUUUAAUAUAACGUUUCUUUUAUUCUGGCAUCGAGUCAAAUUGUGAUCUUCAGUUCUUGUUUAGACAUCAGACAACCGCGGAAACCGAGCCCAUGCGUUGAAUUGAAAGAAAUUGAAAAGAUACGUUUCUUUGUGGGAAGGAAAUUCAUUUACAGAUCAGACAAAUUGCACGUUCCCGGGGAGUGACGCUGUUAUUAAGGAAAACCACAGAAAAGCCUUGUUUAAACGAUUAAAAACUCUAGAUUGUUCGUUAUGACUUCAGGCUCGUCUAGCAAAACAUUUCAAGGAAGUAUGGGGUUAAUUAAAAUUGAUAAUUACACGAUUAAAAUUUACAAACCGAAAUCACAGCUGAAAUCAAUUGUUCAAUGUGGGUUAAAGUUAUCCUUUUGUGUUUGCACCCCCUCUUCUCUCUCUAAUGGUUUUCCGAAAAGGAUUAACGAUGUGUAAUUCAAGUAAGUGUAGGUAUAAUGCUUCCUUUUCAAUGCGUAUAUUUAAGUGCGUGGGGGCAGAGCGAAAGAAAUAAUUGAGGCGUGGAUUUUUCUUUUUCCUUUAGUCGUCAUAAUUUCACACAAUCGUACUUCCUUAGCGGAAAUUAAAUAUUUCCCUGAUUUGAAACAAUCUUCGUCAAGAAAGGAGACCAUUAGUACAAUAACUGAGCAUAAUAAAAAGCGUUGGUUCUUUCUUUUCGGCACUUAACCCAAACCAAAGUGACAUUGUCACUGAGACACUGUUCAUUGCGAGACCUACCCCACCCCACCCCCGCAAUGAGGUAAGAAGGUCAGUCGAGCCCUUGGGUGGUGCCGGGAAGUGCAAACUUCAAGUAAAUAGAGAUUUCGAUCAUUAUUGACUUAGGCUCGUGAAGAAUUCCUCGUGUGAAUUCAAAAACAAAUAUCAGAUAAACAAAACAAACUAAUAACGGAAGUAUGCUGAACGAUAUUUUAUCUGAGCAAUCGAUUGAAAACAGUAUGAGUUAUCGGCCGAGAAAUACCUGCCAAGGUCAUGUCGUUCAUAAGUGUUUCAGCUUCCGCUCGAGCUGUCUGAUGAUGGCAAAUGUUAUACAAACCGGUACUGUAUUCCGUAAUAACUAAAUGAGAUUUGUUUGAGUUCGUUUCAUGUGGUACAGCGAUCUCAUUUCAAACUUUUUGUUUUUGGGCGGAACGAUCGCCCGCGAUCAACAAUCUUUCGCCAUACAUGGAUUUGUCGAGAUCAACAAGACUGUCAAUGGUAUUGAAUAUUCAAAUAGUAAAAUAUUUGUUUUGCAGUCGUGGAGCGAAAAUAUGCGAGAAUUUUUUUAGCCUUGAAUUCUUCGGCUUAUUGAGAAGGUUAUGGUAUCGAUUUCACACGCACCGAAACUUGGCUGGAAAUGAGUAGUUUUCUUUUCUGGAAGGUCCUCGAACGCAUUCCUAUAAAACUAUGUAGACCUUGACCUAACAUUCACUUUCAUUUUAGUUCACUGAACUGCUUACAGUUUUAAUUAACAUCGAUUAGUAGUACUUACGUAAAUCAAAAAACCCAUUUAGCCUUUCGUCGAUAUUCGAAACAUUUUUGUACUCUCUAUUAGAUUGUUUGCGAGUUUACAAAAUUAAAAAAAACGUGAAAAUUAAUUCGCUUCGCUAAAAACAUUUCUAUCUGUCUACAGUAGUAUUUUUGUGAGCUCUGUACUCUUGAUUCGCAAUUCAUUAACUUUGGACAUUUUGUCUGGAAAAACAAUGCUGUGCACAACGCUUUCUUAUUAGGAAGAAUGAGGACAAAAACUUAAUUAUGCAAUUUAAAGCCUCUUCAGUGACCAGGCAUUGUAAAUAUAAGCUAACUAUCUAACCAUCAUGGAAAUAUUUUGCAUAGAAACAUGUACUCACGAAUAUUGUAGUGAAUAAUCAUUUUGUAUUUAGGAUUUCCAGAUUUUCGAUGUCAGCUACAUCACCGCGCAAUGCUUCAUUUUCAACAGUGUCUUAGAGCAUAAAAUUGUUCCCACAAGCCUUCAAUGAGAUACCAAAGGCUUUGUGAUCUGUUCAAAAAGAGUGCACGAAUGAUUUUAUACUUUCUUUUGCCAAGCUAGGGUUGUUUUUCAUGCGUUACAAGUCAAACAUUUUUAAUCUUGAAAUUUCAGCCGUUGAUCUUGAUUUCCGUGACUGACUAUAUGGGAUAAAAGAAGGUGUUUGAGUUCGUUUUAUUCGCAAAAACUGUUAUGUUUAUUUGAAAGGUUGUCCAGCGAACACUUCAUCGUGUGUUUUGAUUGGUUCUUCCGAACUCGUAAUUAUCAGAUCAUUAUACAUGACGUCAUCGCGCCAGGUCCAUCUCGUUUUGUUCAGAAUUUGCAUGUUGGAAUCUUGUGACAAGUUGUGGUCGCAUCUCGGUCAUUUUCACCAAGUAACUCAACACUUUUGUCUCGGAACGUGCAAGAGACACCCAUACUUGCUUAAGAGUUCAUUACUGAAUCGAUCCAAGCACGUGCAAGGGGUUCGAAUUACCGUUUCUAAUCUACGAUGAUCGAGGAGCCGUCAUAGACACUGAGAGCGGUCGAAAGGAUUUGUUGUUUUGAGGAGGAAAAAUAAGUUCCUGUGGAGUUUUUAUGCCGACGUUAUUCCUUCCUGAAGACAGUCCGGCUUAAUUUUCCAUUGCCGCCUAAGGAAUGAGAGCGGAUGUAGCGUUUGGGCUUACUUCUUGACGAUAUGCCCGAAAUCGGUGAGGACUAUUAGGCCGGUCUUUCACUAGUAUCUACUUUUUAUGUGAAGGAGUUACUGAUGUAUUAGGGUUGCACACCUUCGGCUGUUGUUGAAAUUGUCAGAUUUGUUUGAAAUCGUGCUAUCUUUGCAAAACAACGAAUCGAUAAAGCCUUUCCGUGUCAGAAAGGAUUUAAGUGUUCUAUUAAGUGCUCUAUGUUUUGAAUUAGCCGAACGUUACUUGUUCUGCGAGAAUCUCGUGUCAGUUUUGCCCGGCGAACCGAAUAGCUGUUAUGGUGUGCAGCGUCCCAUCAACUGUAAACGUGACUCUACUCUUGUUUUCCGCAGGUCGGGAUGAUUACGGCCAGUUCGAUAAAGGUACGUCUUUUAACAUGGUUUCUUUAUAUUUAUUUGUUUAACUAACGUCUUUUGAAUAAUAGGAAACCUCGAUAGAAUUCUUUGUGGUCUUUGCAUAGUGAAAGUGCUACAGGAAAGUGCUAUGCGCAUAUGUAAGCGUUAAUAUAUCAAAUAGAGUUUUCGAUAUUUGUUUAUUUCUUCUCGAAUCUAACAAUAAUUCUUGGUUAGGAACGUUGAAAUUGGGUUUAAUUCAAUCAAGCUGUCUUAAAAUUGUGAAUAUUCAUCGACAUAACAUCCCCGAGGCGUCGGGAAAGCGUCUAAAAUGACAUAAGUUGAUUGUUUGAUCGAGUUAAUUCGAAGAUGGCUUGUAGUUGUGAAGCGAUUGAGUACACAAAUCUAUUUUAUUCCACGGUUUCUGGAGGCCGUCGAACAAAGGAGUGUGAUUAUGCACGCCGAAAAAGUGUCUAGUAUGUUUUUUUUAUGUCUUUGAUACGUUAUGCAAAUAGAAAAUGUAUUUCGAAUCCAAUGCGAAAAUGGGUCGUUCGUUAGUGUUUAGUGCAUGCCUACCGAGAUAAUUUUUUUAAAAAAACCUAAAUACUUAAUCCUUGUGUACCCAAUUGUAUGGAAAACCGAAGGCUGCGUUUUUAAGGAACGUGAUUUCUUGUAAUCAGUCGCAGCGGGUAUAGAAUUUCUCGCACAUAGUGUAUUUAUCCGGAAUGAUUCUAUUGCUGCAAAGGCGCCCAAAUAUGUCAAAUACAAGCUUAAUAUAUAAAGGCCUUUGUUUGAUGCAAUCCCUGAACCGUUUCAAAAUCAUAGGAGAAAGAAGGCUUUGUCAGGGCAGAUUGUGCUCGAGCAACGUCCAAACGGAGAAGGAUUUUGCCGUUAAGGUAAGCUCUAUUUUUUAAUCUGUAAAAAUAACAGCACGUCAGUAUUUGAUUUCGUUUUGCGGUUCAAAUUGUUGCAAUUCGACAAUUUUGAAAAUAUAUCGACCCCUCUUGACUUGCAUAUGCAUUUCACGUGAUGUCUGUUAGUUUAGAACCACAGUCUGUUGGAUUGUCACAGAAUUAUAGUUAGAUCGAGUGCUCCUCUUUCAACGUUAGCUGAGAAAUCAGUCUUGUUUUUCAAUCGAAUCACGGUAUUAUUGUCGCUGCAUUAUUUACUUUCAUUGGAUAAACAACAUGAUAAAAUAUCUCAUCUCUAUUAAUGUCAGUGGAUAGAGUUAGGUUGGGGAAUAAUUUACGCGUUUAUUUGCUGGGUGUUUUAAUUGCUCACAUGAGGGAAAUCUUAAAACAAUCUCAAGGGUUUAUUUUAAGAACCAGCAAGGGUUUGUCUAUCAUCUUGGUACUCAUAUUUCGGCGUUGUCGCCUCUCGGGUCAUGCUAUCAAUCGAUGUCAUGUUUUCUUUGGUUGAGAGCAUGGAUGUAAUCUACUUCAAACGAAAACCACAAGAUAAAUUCGUAGAAAUCUAAUUUCCAGACUUAUCUAUUGUACAGAAAAGUGAAUAUUUCUCUACUUAGUCACAUUUUUAUGCUAUUAACACCCUCUAUUAAUUAAAUUACCUGUAAUUACAUUCGGAUCAAGUUUCUUCAAAAUUUUCUUUGGCAGAGUAUCGAUAAAUGUUAGAUUGAUUCUUCUCCCAUAUAGCUUGAAUUUUGUCAGAUUUUAUUGAUGUGUUACUGUACAAAUGAAUUACAAAAGCAUUUGCAAUAUCAUCACUAUAAUAAUGCUAUAUUUAUGAGUGAUAUUUCUUUUUUGUGCCGACCUUUUAUUCCAGAGGAACCUGAUAUUUUUGACAAAUUUCCUCAAAUUGAGUAAUGGUUUUGAAUUUAAAGUGGUCAUAAAUUUUCCAAGAUGUUGAAAUCUCUCCAGAUUUUUAGUACUUUAGUAGAAAAUGGUUCUCAUAUUGAAUCACCUUUGGGUGUAGUUUAAUAACCUGGAUUUGUACAGCUAUCAAAGUAAACUGUACAAGAUCUCUACAAUUUUGCCACUAUAUGCUACAUACUCUGGAAACUAAAUUGUAGGGUUCCUCCUGUACAGGAUAAACAUAAACUGAGGUAGUUUUUUGCUUUAAACAACUGGAGUGACAUGAUAUAAGUGAGUAAUCAUUUAGGCAAAUUUGUUGCAACCAAGUGUUACUGGUGAGACAGGAUAAGAAUGUUACAGGAUUAACUGUUAUGUCAUUUCAUAUUUUUAUCUCUUUAAUUUGAGCAAAUUGGGUGUCGCAAAUUACUGUUCUUUACACACCUAUAUAGUGGUAAUCUCAUUUUGUCAGUUGUAAAGUUAUUACAAAUUGGGCACAGAGAACAGCUUUUGUCUCCCGACAAUGAGAUUAUCAUGAACUGAAAGCCAAAUCUGUGAAUGCACUGGAUUCAUUACUUAGAAUCUAAAAGCAAUCAUAGAUGUAAGUUUUCCAUGAAGCUUCAGAUCUUUAACUAGUAUAUCUCACUAACAGAUUUUGAACAUUGGUGGUAAGGAAGAGGAAAACUGUUAGGUAACAGUCCCUUUGAAGAUGAACUUAAAAAAAAAAUUACAACUUGUUUUGAAAUUGUUGAUGAAAUAAUAUUGAAAAUUUUCAGUGCUUUAACUUUCAUUGUGUUGUUUUCAUAUAGCCAUGUCUGGAAAAUGUUAAUUAUUUUUUAUUCCACUAUACUAACAAAUUUGCUUCAAGCAGUUGCUCGCAUUUCACAAUUCUGUAGGUAGUUUAGAUAGAGAUAAACCAUUGAAUCUGGUCUAGUUCUGAGGCACGUAUAUCAAGGAUCCUCUAGAAGUCAUUAAGUCCAAACACAUGUAGUGCUCUUGAGGAUUAAAUUUAACUAAUACAAAAGUUUACUAACUAUUGUCAUAUCUUCAUUAGCGUAAGAGGUUCUUCAGCAGGGUGUAGCAUGGAUUUUUGUUCUUUACUGUGGAGGUUUUGAGAUAUACCAUAGAAUAUAACUCACAAUGAAAUUUUAAUUUCUAAGAUAUGUGCAUCAUCAGGGUACAAUUCUUAUUACACACAAAUAAUUUACUACAGAUUGCGUCUCUGGGUAUAUGUGUUAUGUUGAUGUCAAUAGUUAUUGCUUCCUGACUGGAAGAAAAACGAUCAUACAAUGUAAUUAAUGUAUGGAAAGUUUCCUAUUUUCAGUAGUUAAAAUAUCAACAACCGAUACUUUUUUGCAUAGAAGUAUUUGUACAAAGAAGUAAAAUCAUAUGUGAUUUCCUGUUAAAUCAGCUCUAACUUUGUAUUAGUAGAAUACGCAGUGGUUUAGGUUAUGUCUAAAUGGUGUAUUUGUUUUUCUUGCGGUGAAAUUUUCAUUUUUGUGAAAAUGAUUGUGACAAAAGGUUAGAGAUUAUCUUUGCACAUAUCAAAGGUCAUGACAAGUUAAUAACUUCUUUAACAACAUUUCAAUCUUUGGCGACAGGAAAACAAAAAGGUGUUAGCUUUUCUCUUGUUAGUUUAAACACGGAUUUCUCUAACCAAGGCCUCUUUAUUUUAGUUCUGAAUAUGUUUGGUAUCUACUUUGAAAACAAGAAAUAAGAAUGCUACUGAUUAUAUUCAUUUGAUAUUGUUCAAGUGUUUUCAUAUUGGAUGUUUAAGAUGAAUUUUCAUAGCUUCCAAUUUGAAACCCACAAGUGCUUUGUGUGAUAUUUCUAAUACAUCUUUUUGUGAAAAUAAGAUUUAGAUUUUAUUAACACAGAAGUGAUGUAUAUUUAAGUUAUUUUGCAGUGUGGGCUGUGUAACUUUUCCAUCUUUGAUUUCUCUGCAUCUGAAGACUUGUUUUUGUUUUGGUUUCUUGAUUUUGUUUCUAAACCUUUAACUCCCAAGAUCUCAUCAGUAAUUCUCCUUACUAUCUCCUAUACAGUUCUUGUGAUGUUAGUCUAGAGAAUUUGGUAUUGGAUUAACUUAGAAUCUCCUAACAGAUAUUUUUCUUUAUUCUCAUCACUUGUCUGCUUGAUAUUGUAUUGAUAUUGUAAGGAGAAAUUCUAUGGUGGUCACCCAUGGGAGGUAAAGGGUUAAAAUGUUUUUUUUUCUAUGAGCUUUAACCAGACAAGGGUCCAACACAUUCUAACUUUGAAUUCAGGAGACAUGUAUUCAAGCAUGAUUUUGAUCAUGUGAUCAUCAUCAACUUUUUUAAAAUAAAAAUUUUUUUUUUGUUUAAUUGAAAAUACUCCAUUUUUACCCACUAUUCCAAGGCUAAAAUAGAUUUAACCUCAAACUUUGAUCUUGUGGAGUGCUCCAAAACCAGUUGCUUUAAGUAAAUUUUCCUCUUUUGGUGUGCUUUAAAAAACAAUGGCUACUCUUAGUUUAUGAAUUCAAAGAAUUUACAAAUGUAAAUGAAAAUGUUUUAAAAUGCAAAGUCCUUGAAAAAUGUCUUGUAAUUUGUCUCACAUGCUAUAAUUUUUGGCAAAAUACUUUUUUCAUAGCAAGCUAUUUUGCAGUUUUUGUGUUUUCAAUGUAGGAGGCUGUAUGUGUUUUGGGUGUGAAGUUUUAAGUGUCUUAUCGUACAGAUCCUUCUUAGCCUUCCAUGAGACAAAUAGAAUUAGCAUGAGUCGCACUUCAAAUCUUAAUGCUUAGUUCAAUAUUUUAAUCAUCUAUUCAUUCUAAUUCAAUUUGCCUUCCUUUGUUUUAUAGAAGAUAGCAGUGACCUUGGUUAACCAGAAUAAGUCUGUGUUAAUUUCCUUUUGUAACUUGUCUGCACAUGCACAAGUUGUCUAUUGUUUUCCCAGAAAGGGAAGAAUUUGGAAAAUUCAAACAAUGUUGGGCAAGAUUAUGGUAGACAAAAUAAUUCUCUCCUGCCUUGGGAGAGUGCACUCUUUGUUUUUAUUAUUUUAAAUUAUGUUUUUCUAAAAUGACAAAUGGUGGAAGGAUACCUUCCCGCCGAGAAGAGUGAUGUUUAGAAAGUUGUGUGCUAAAAUUAUCUCCAUGGGUUUCUUUUAGCACAUCUAAAAAUUCUCAAUUACAUACAUAAAAGCUUUUCUUUGGAAAUAAUCACGGUGUCUGCUGUGAUUUUUAUAAGCAAUCAAGUGAUUCCUUAGUGUUCAUUCCAGAAUUUUCUCCUUGUACCAUUCUUUCAUUCACUACCAAUUGCAUCUUUGACAUACUUCACAAUUACUUUUACGUCAUUCCAUAGCCAGUUUUAGCUAGAGUACUACAUCCCUCCUUUAGCUCCCAGCAUGAGGUUUUGUUUAUUUCUGAACUGCACUGGUUCAGAUGUUGCUGCAGAUUCUCUAUUGUUUGAUAUCACAUUGUUCUCAAAUGUGCAAGGAGUCAUAUCUUCUCGUGUAGUAUUUGCCAAAAAAAAUUUCAAAAGCUACAUCCUCAAGUAGAAUUUAUCAACUGCAUCAUGAAAGCAUUGCUUAAGGUAAAAUAUAAAGUUGGAAGUACCUAGUUUCCAUAAAAAGUAAAUGUGUUUAGAGAAUGAACACACAUCGGUCAAGCUUUUGUGUAUUGGCCGGCUGUAUCAAGCAUGUGACAUAGUUAAUUAAAUUUUAUUUUUCUAUAGUUGUAGAAUUACCUAGUUUGGAAGAUAUGCACAUCUAAAGAGGGUGCUAUUUUUCACUUUGAUCAUAUCAUCACAAAUUUUUUUAUCUAAUAAUUUUCAAACUAGGUUUGUCAUCAUGAAGACUGCCAGGAAACAAACUACGGCAAUCCUUUAUUGUUGUGUUUGAGAUGUGAUGAAGUCCACCAUCUUGGAGCUGGUUCUAACCAUGCACGGUUCGAUGUCCCAGGUAAGUGUUUUACCUAAAUUUGUUGAAAAAAUAGAGUGAAAUGUGCUGUUAUUCUUUCAUUUUCUUGAAUGAUGUAAGCUACAUGUACAGGCUGUACAUGUAGUUGACAUAUAAGCUCUGGAGAUCAGACUGAUUUGUACAGUGACCACAGUUUACCAGUUUCUGUGGCAUGAGAUGAUUUUAGUAUAAAUAGUGGUACCUCUACUGCACGGGAUAUUAGUCUAACAGGAGGGAUUACCCUCCUCGCUCCCUGCCACCUGUUUAGUGCAACAUUCCCCUGACAACUUGCUAGUUUAGUUGAUAUUUAAGAAGUUGAUGGGUAGGGAGUUUUGACAAUUUUGCGCAUCUUGAAUAAUUUAGCCUCCAUUUUUCAAGUCCAUUAAUUUGAAUGGGGAAAUGUUCUCUAUCCUUAACCAUCCUUGUACAAUUUUGGUUAUUUCUCUUAUUUCUCUGGUGUCUCCAUACCUUGGCAAAUAGUUAUUUCAAGCUGAUACCAUUUAACACUCAAAUUGUCUUAAAAUAGAGUGACAGAGUCACAUUCUCUACCAUACUAUAAAUACAUUUUCAUGCCAGAAGGAGAUUAGGUGAUGGAAAAUAUCAACUAGGGUAUAUUGUUUGAUGUAUUGCAAAAAUCUCAGAGCUAAAAUUAUAAUGAAUGUAUGGGACACAGUGAAGAGAAUUGGUAUGUAGAUCGUGGAGGCAGAUGGUGAGCCCUUGGAAGGUAUUUUUGUCACCAGGAUACUAAGAACCCUUCAAUCCCUAAAGGUGACUAGCAUCUAAUUUCUCCUUACAAUAUCACCCCUGAAUCACAUAUUAAGGUCAUGAGAAUAAAGGAAAUGAUCAACAACCUAGGAAGAUCUUGAUUGUCAAGGAAAUUCUCCUUAUCAGCACCUAAUGAAAUUUAAAGAGGAACAUAAAGAAUAUGCAUACUGAAGUUAAGGUGUAAAGGGUUUAAUUGUGCGGAGUUUGAAAGGGGACAAUAAUUUUAAUAAAACAUUUGAGAACUGAUUAUAAUUGGCAAAUUUGUCAUUUUGGUGUUCUUCUCUUCAGAGAGGCCAAGUACAAAUAUUAUUAGGACGCCAUCAAGCCAUUCGGCAGGUUCAGAUUCAGGAAAUGAGGAGGAUGUUGAAUCUGAACAAAAAGUGUAAGUGGCACAAAUUAAUACUCAUUACACUUAGUGUUAGUUUGAAUGACAUUCUCAUUUGUUAACCCCUUUGAUCCUUAAGAGCAACUUGCAUCUAAGUUCUCCUUACAAUAUAAUCUUGAGUCGAACAUCGCAGUAACAAGAAUGAAGGAAAUUAUCACAUAUUAAAGAAGCUCUUGAUCAUUAAAGAAGUUCUUCAUGUAAGCACCAUUGGAAAUUUGUAGAGAACAGUUUGGAGAAUAUGUGCAUUGAUAUUUGAGUGUAAAGGGUCAGCUGAUGUUGUUAAAAUUAUGUACUUAACUAUAAUUGUGCUUACAGCUAAUUUAUUUUCAGCCAAUAUUAAGUUGCCAAUAUGUGAUGAUAUAGUAAUCUAUAUUUUUAACAUAAUAAGUUGUAGAAUUGUCAAAAGGUCACUUACUUUUCAGGCAAGCUUUUCUUUUAACACAAUCAGAUAUCAACUUAGACUACUCUGAUUUAGUUAUCUUAAAAGUGAGAAGCAUAGUUCUUUUCAUAAAGUGUUGAUUAAAGGAGUGAAUAUAAGGGAGGAACAUACUUAAUGGCAUCUAUUAUUUGCUUACUACCCUUGACUUUGGUCGGCAGUUUUUACUCUAUUGUAUAAUGUACAAAGGUGACAGUUGUUACUGAUGAAACAGAAGUUGUUGGCAAUCUCUUUUGCACUUAAGCAGCUCAUGAUAAAAAAGUCUGAGUAGUGAUCUGUAAUUCGUCAAAGGAGUGAUAUUGUAUUAUGGGGGAGAAUUUUGAUAUUAAACCAAUAUUGAAUAAUGGCUUUAAAUAAGUAUGGCAAUUCAUUUUAGCCCCAAAAUAUGAACAAGCCUAUAUUUGUAAAUGACAGCACUAAAUGUUUUACCUAAUUAAAACAUUGUGGUGUUGUUUUUGGUGUGGUGAGAUGCAACAGAGAAUAUUUGGAAUUAGCUGGAAUUAACAGAAGGUUUUGUUCCAUUUGCUUUCUUGAUUCAAGCAGUCUUCUGGUUAUCUUCACCUGGUCAUAAGUAUGAAACAAAAUUGAAACUGAGCUCUGAAUUUUAAUCUCUAGAGUUUUUAAAAUGACAGUUACUUUUGUGAAGAGUGAAGAGAAACAAUCAUUUUUCUUAUUACUGUUUCUAAGUUAAUUAUCUCACAGGAAAUAUCAAAUACAUUUUAGAUAUCAGACAACUUAACUUAAAUUCAUUAUCAGACAUGUUUGAUGGUAGAAAUUGUGGUCAAGUUACCUUAAAACAAACAGCUGUAACUCUCUUUUGUUAUGAUAUUUCCUUCUCCAACAGGGAAAAGAAGAACCGAGGAUAUUCCUCUGGGAAACGGAUGUUUAAAAUAAAUGCGGCGGCGAAGAAAAAACCAAGACGCCACAACACUGAAGUGAGUUUGAAGUGAAAAACCUUUUCUUUAUCAUCUUCAACAUGUCGUUAAAAUGAUUUAUUAGGCAGAUCCACAGAUAUUUUAGAAAACACUGGAUGAGUGUAUUUGAUUUGAUUGCAUCCUAGAGUAUGUAUUUGAGCCCUAAAGUUGAAAAGUUAUAAAAUUAUUUUUCCGUUACACUGACAGGUACACGGCAGUGUAUUGCCUUGACAGUUUUAGCUUUUCAGCAGACUAUACUGUACUUUUUCAUUAUUAUAAUUAGCUGCUGAAAAAUUCAGAUUGCUUAAAUUACUUAAAUGUGAAACUUAGGAAGUGCAUAUAUACCAAGUUGUUUGAAAUUACUUCCUUUUGUGGAUGCAUCAAACAGUGCUUGAAAAUCUUGAAAACUGAAUGUCUUGUGCUACCGUGUUUUUAUCAGGCUUCUAGCACAAGCUGGUAAUGAGCCAUUUACUAUCAUUUGGGAAAGAUAUCAGUUAGGCUUAUAACCCCUUCAAUGACCAUCUAACAAGAGUUUUGUUUCAUUCAAUUUGUAUGACCUUUUUUCAUGAUCAUGGCAACCUCUAUCAUCUGAGGCAGUCCUUCAAAAAAAGUUAAUACAGGAACACUUUAUGGGGGCAUCUCUAACUGUUUAUGGUCAUAAAUCUCUCCCAGAUGAAUACAUCUUUAACAUUUCUUCUGUUUUCCAUAGGAUCCAGGAAGAGAAUUUUUUAGCAUUAAAUUUUUUGACAACAAAAGUGGAGAAUUCCAUGUAGAAGUAGUGCCUGCUUUGAAAGGAAAGUCGCUGAGGUAAACCAGUUUGAUUUUAAGCCAUUCAUGAUUUCAUGUAUUUCCAAUUUUGUAUCUUUAUUGUUGAGGUUAUUAACCCUCUAAAUCCUAAGAGCAGCCAGCAUCCAAUUUCUCUAACAGUAACGCUAAAUCAUUCAUAAUGUGAAUAAGAAAACAAAAUGACCAUCCAUAAAGAAGCUUUUGAUUGUUUAAUUAAAAUUCCUUGUCAGUACCAAAGGAAAUUUAUAGAGAACAUUAUGGAGAAUAUGGAUGCUGAUGUUAGGGUGUUAACCCUUUUAACUCCCAGAAGUGAUUAUGUGCAGCAGCUAGAGGGGAGAAUUAACAAUCAGAUCUUGGGAGUUAAAGGGUUAAGUGUAAUAAUUUCUUCUCCAUGGUGACAUGUUGUUUUGUUGACAAACUUUGUUGUUUACUUGUCCUGAUUUAUUUGUCCUCUAUUAUAAUGUUUUGCUGGAAUUUUAUCCUAUGUGUAUGUUGCGUAUUGUUAAAAUAAUAUCAAACUAGUUCAGUCUUAAUAUUUUGUUUCAGGACUUUGCAAAUUUCCUUGAGGGAAAGUAAUGCUUUUUAAAUUUUUAAAAAAUUAUUUUUACCAGUGAAAUUCAUUCUUAUGUACACAAGUUGUAAUUUGCUUAUGUUACAUCUCUUGAGUCCUUGGAAUAUAUUAUAUAUAACUUGAACUGAUAAAUUAUUUUCAUUUCAGAGAAUCUAUCGAACCUCUUUUUGAAGCACAGGAAUUUUCCUUUUCAACUCAUUCUGUCUUUCUGGACUCAUCUAAUACUCCUUUGCCACUUGCAUUUGAUACCUUUCCGCUGGGUGGAAAUACUCUUCAUGUUAGAGGUAAGAUGUACUGGCCUUUUGGCACUUCCACUCUGAUUUUCGGUGAAGAAUUGUUCAGAUGGGUACAGGGGCUAUCACAGGAAAACAACUGCUAUUAGUGAAGAAAGAUAAUCAUAAGCAGUGAAAUGUUUAAUCUUUAACCCUUCACCCUUGGGAAUCACCAAAAAAAAAUUCCUCCUCACAAUAUCAGCACUAUUGGCCAACAAUUAAAUUGUUUUACCAAAAACAAUUCUCUCAGAAAAAUUAGUAAGGAGUAUACAAUGGGAAGUAAGGAGACAUGAUACUGAGAUUUUGGGAGUGUAAAGGUGAUUACGAAUUAUUUAGUCAGCAAAAAAACUGGUUUUUCCAUUGUUAAAAAUUAUUCAUUUUAACAUUAUUGAAACAUUGGGAAACUGGAAUUUUCAGCUUCUUCCCUACAAGAUGAAAUGUGUUGAGGUAAAGACAAAGGAAAUUUGUAGAAAAAGGAGUGGAUGUAAGCCUUAUUUACUAGCUGUACAGCUUGUUAUGUUGAGGGAAAUUUAGAUUGGAAAAACCUUGAGAAAGUCUCCCUGUAUUCCACAUCUUGUUUAUCUUACUCAAAGACAAUAGGUAGUUAUGUAAUCUAAAGGAUUCUAAUGAUUUUGUUUUCAGCCAAUGAAGAUUUUAAAGGGGAUGAAAGAGUAAUCAAUAUCAUGAGAGACUCGUAUGCAGAGGAGAAGAACAAUUCAGAUGAAACACCCACACGCCCGAAGAGCUCAUCCUUUCUGACGCGGUCUGGUUCUUUUACAACAAAGGGGAAAGAGAAAGGCAACAUUAGAAGGUUUGAUGAUGACAGAGAGAGGGAGAACUCAAGAGAUGACAAGCUCCUACAGCAAUUCAAUAAGAAUGUGAGUUGCUUUUUUUUUUACCCUUCCACUUCCAGGUGGAAUUUACUUUAAGGAUUUAUUGACUGAGUUAUAGCUAUUGAUAUAUGGUAAGAAAUUCCUUCAGUAUAGUUUACAGGUAAUGCAUCUAAUUUUGUGUGGCUAAACUAGUUAAUAAUUUAAAAAUAAGAUAAAACCUGUCAUGUUGUGUUUGAAUUCAUGUAAGGAUGCUGUAGAACACAGAUCUUGGAAUAGGCUGUUCCACACCUCAGCACCUUUGCAAGAAAAACUACUUUAUAAACAGUUAGUGCGAGGCUGCAAAAGAGCCAGUUUGUUUUUGGAAUUCCUUAAUCAGUAGGAAGUAAAGUCAUUUUAAAAUAUCAAGGAAAUUUUUCAAUAAGUUUGCAGGUUGCAAUUCAACUUUUUUUUAAUUUUGUGGCAUACAUUUGUUUGUUUGUUUGGCUUUAGACCCAAAAGGGCAAAAAGAACAUGGAAUCUUUGUUUGGUAAAGAGUUUGGAGGGACCAUGCCUCCUACACUGUCAAGUCCUGUUCUUCCUGGUGGAGUUCAUAUUAGUGGGGGUGGCACCGUGCCACGACCAAAGUCAGCCAGUCGCUUGACUGGAUUGUUUAACCCACCUAAACCCAGCAUUAAGGUAAGCCAUUUGACAGCAGUCUCUUAUCUAUCACUGCAAAUUCCUCCAAUGCCAUGUUGAAAAACUGACAGUGGGGGGGUGCUUAAGGUAAGUCUGUACUCAAGCCAAGUGGCCCAACCAGCCAGAGCUUAAACUGGUUCCCUUCAUGUGAAGCAACUAGGAGUAUUACAACUCCCCCCAAUGGGAUGCUUGUCUAUUGCAAGGUUACCCCCCAGCAUUUGAUCAGGCUUCCCUGACAAUUUGCCGAAAUGCAGGCUUCUUGACCGAGAGUCUAGUGCAAAUCAUAACGCUAUGGAGUGUCUCCCACAGGGAGGGUGCUUGAAGGAGAAAUAAUGAGCAGGGCUUGUCAAAGGCUUAUUUCAUGUUUAUUUUUGUGCAACUUGUAUAAAUUUUCUUUUAAAAAAAAGGCCUUUAAGAAUCACACACCUCUUCAUUUGCAGAUUUCUGUGAGUUUAUAGCAAUAUGCAAUGUGCUAUUUUUCAGGGAACUCUGAAAGACUCAUUAGAUCGAUAUUCCCUGUAUGGUCUGGAGGAUAGUGCUGAUUAUGACUCUGGGCUAAAGAAUGAAAUCGAAGAACAGAUUAAACUUGUAAGUAUUUAUAGUGCACUGAACAAAUGACAGGAAUAAUUAAACCAAGAGUGUUUAUUUUAAAGUAAACACUCUUGGUGAAGUUAUCUUUUCAUGGAUUAUCUAACAAUUGUACUACUCUUUGGAGUAAACAAGUGAGGAUAGUGAACAAAAUUUUAUUGUGAUGUUGUGUUGAUUAAGCAUUUAAUUGUCACAAACAACCAACAAAUAAAUGUACAGUCUUCAACCAGGUGCAUUAGUUCCCAAAUGAUGGAAGUGAAAGACAUAGAAUACCUGAAGUGUGAUUCUUUGCCAGCUUUGAUAAUCAAGAAUGUUUCCCAUGUUGCAAAAAUGUGUGAUUUAUUUUUCAGGAAUCAUCUUGGACUGAAGUUGUAGAUGAAAGCCGCAUUGGGGUAAUGUCUCUUGUUCUAUGCCAUGAUCAAUUUGUAUGCAAUGUCUUGUAUUCUUUUUACAGUUCCUUUCAUAGUGGAAUGUAGAUUUUGUUUUCAUCUAUUUUCAUUUAUUUCAGACAAUGACAAAGAAAGAGAAAGACCAGCAAGAGGCUAUGUGGGAACUUUUGUCCACAGAGGCAGUGUAUAUAUCAAAACUCUACAUAAUCAAAAAGGUAAGUAAAACUGAAUUCUACUUCAAGACGAAUCUUGCAGUGAUCAAUAGGCCAUUUUAUAGCUGUGUACUCAAGCCUUUGAUUUAGAGUGAGGCUGAAAGUGACAUUGUUGUGAUAGAGACUAGUAUCCACUUAGCACAAUAACAAAGUAGUUUACAUAUGAUAAGCAGCAAGGUUUGUAUCAUAACAAGGUCACCCUUAGCCUCACUGCUGUUCAAAGGCUUAGCAACCAAGUGCACAACUGUAAAAAGGACUAUAUUGCAGUUUCCAACACCAAUAUUGUGACCAGCUUUUAUGUUCACUGAAGAGAGGCUUUAAGUGAUAUUUCUGUUAAAUUUAUACAUUGUUUCUUUUAGUUGUUUCUCCAGUGCUUAAGAAAUUUGCAGAGUGAAGGAUUUCUUGUAGAGGUAUGACUUUUCAUAUAAUUACAUGACUGUAUAAUAAGGAUUUGCACAUAUUAUGUUGUUAAUGGUCAUAUACCAAUACUUUCCCCUCACACUCUACUGAAACAUCGUUUUGUGGCCUCUGUUCUCUGCUGCCUGGUUAGCUCACGUGGAUGAGCACCGGACUUCUGUGUGGGAGGCUGGGGUUCAAGACCCAGGCUGGACCCACACUUAGGGUCUCAAAACAACUGAGGAGAAUGUGCUGCCUUUGCUACGACAUCUGCAAGCAGUUAGACAUUCUAGUCUUCUCGGAUAAGGACGAAAAGCUGCAGGUCCCGUCUCCUGCAUCUUCUUGGUACUGGUUAGUGGGGGACAUUAAAGAACCCACACACUUAUUGAAAAAAAUAGGGGUCAUAGUUCCCAGUGUUGUGGUCUGCCCUAGAUUCUGAAAUAGGGGGCAUCUGCCAAAUCUCCUUCAAAAAAAAAGAACUGUAAAUUGCUCAAUGCAGUCUGAAAAAGUGUUGUAAGGUGCAUUUGAUCAUAUUCAGAUAUUAAUUUGCAACCAAUAAGUAAUAAAUUAUUAUUAUUAUUAUUAUUAUUAUUAUUGUGAUCAAAAUAAACUAAAUAUAAAACUGAAUGUACUUCCUAACUGAAUGAAGACAUAUCUUUCAUAAUCUCUGGUUGAAGGCUCCAUCACAUUUUUUUUUUGUUUGAUCUUGUUAUAUUUAACUAAGAUUCCAUAUGCUUUCCUACUAAAAAAAUUCCCCUCUCUGGUGACCUCUCAAUCUCUUUGUGGUUUUCCUCUGACUUUGUUCUCUAACUUGAUCAUCAUUCUGUUUGUAUCCUUCUAAUGAUGAUGUUUUGCUUUCCAUGUGACACAGAUCGAGGCAUCUAAGUUGUUUAAUAAUGUUGAACAAAUAUAUGAAGUCAAUUUAGCAUUUUGGACAGAACAUCUUAGCAAGGUUGUUGAAUAUGUAAGUGUAUUUUUACCUGCUUCUUGGGUACAUGUAUUUUAUUAAUGAUAACAUUUUCAUCUGUGUUUUAGAGAUAAGAAAUAGGUAGAAAAUUGUCUAAUUUUUCCACUUUUUUUACAGGCGAGGAAAACAAAAGAUCUGCUAAAUCCUUUGGAUAUGGAAGCUGGGUUCAACAUGGUGAGAGGAAAAAUUCAUAGAUAAAAUUUCUUGGAAAUGUAGAAUCUGAAUGAAUAUCUUUAGUCAGUUAAUGAGGUUUACAAGAGCCCUGCUAAGUGAUGGUAGCAAAGGGGCAAGGGGGUUGGCUCUUGAUCCCAUUUUGUGCUGGAGUUUUUGAAAAAUUCAUGCAUCAUGUAUAUUGCAAACAACUCCUCACAUGUCACAAAUUUAAGAAGGGAAAACUUCAAAUCUCUCUUCUUGUAUGCAAGGUUUCAGUGAAAUCUUGAGGUUUUCAGCAAAUGAAAAUGAAAGAAAAAAAUCCACAUGUUGGUUCUUAAAAUUUAUGAAUCACAUUUGCCUUUCUGUCAAAUCCAUGCUUUCACAUAUUAAUUUUGGCCUCAAUCACAUGUCACACGUAAACCAGCCAUUUGCCAUCCAUUACUGCUGUGUUAUGAAUGAUGAAGCCUUAAACUAGACUUUGAGUAUUGGUAACUUGUCUCAGCUCUUUUGUGAUGUAUCUGUAACAUUUCUUUGCUAUUUUUGUGUAGUUUGAGGCUCAGUUUGAUCCAUACAUAAAGUACUGCAUGGAGGAGUCUAAAUGUUUGAAAUACUACAAGGAAAAGCUGGUUGAGAAUGAAGAUUUCAAGACGUACAUCACUGUAAGAUGACUAGAAUAGAUUUAGUUCCAACUGUUACUCACACAUCAGUAAUUUCUUUUUUUUCUGUGACAACAUAAUUGAAGGAAACAGCCUAUUAAGGACAUUAAAAAUUCCUAUUCAACAGAAUGGCCUUGUUUUGCCAAAGGACUGAAAGAGAUCAAUCACAUCUUGUUCCCUAAGAGUUACUAGCAUCAAAUUUCUCCUUACAAUACGCCCCUGAAUCAAACAUCAAGAUCAUGAGAACAAAGCAAAUGAUCACUAACUUAAAGCUAAAGAAGCUCUUGAUUUAAAAAAUAAACCUCUCCCUGUCAGCACCUUUGGAAAAUAUGAAGAGAACAGUAUGUAAAAUAUGCAUACUGAUGAAAAGGGUUAAGUCUCAUGUUUAAUAACAUUACCAUAAAAUCAACUGAUCAUUUUUCAUCAACCAAAUGCUUGACAUUUGACCAAGAGUUUAACUUUUGUUCAAGUUUGUUGCAAUAUUAGCCACUGUCACUGACAAAACUCAUUUUCAAGACUUAUGCACAGUCACACUGUACAAAUGCAUUUAAUUAUUGUAUUUAAUUUUUGUUGUUUCUUCUUUCAUGAGUAGUGGUGUGAAGAUCACAGGUUUUGCACUGACCGGCUGAAGUUAACUGACUUGUUGGUUUGGCCCAUGCAAAGAGUUACAAAAUACCAUCUUCUAUUGAAAGCCAUUGGUAACAAAACCAUGGAGGAAGACACUAAAGAUGUUCUCAACAGAAUGGUAAGAUUUGUGUAAAACUAGACAAAUGUUAAGUACAUGUAUGUCAUGCACUGUUUUCUUCUAACCCCAGAAGUGCAGAAGCACUUUAGGUUAUAUUUUGCAAGCAAGCUUUUGUUAUUAGCACUCUUACACAAACAUUUCUUAGCCACGAGAAAGUCUGAGUCCUUGUGUGAAGCAAGCCUGUGAGAAGCCUUUUCCUUGUCUUGUCUCAAAUCUUUCACAUGGGCAUAGAAACACAUGUCCUGUAGCACUGGUUAUGAGGACUUGCUCACAGUCUAUUAGGUCAGUUCACUCAGAUAGCUCACAUACUUCUUCAGGUGUGACUGUAAUUUGUAACAAUGUUUACUUUUUCCCUUUACUCUGAUGCAGCGAGUUAAAGUAGAAACAUUUGUGAGUAAAGUAAAUGCUGCCAUGAAGGAGAGGCAUGAGUUGGAAAAACUCAAAGCAACUGCAGUGAAGAUUCACAACAACUACAGUGUUGUAGAAGCUGUCAAUGAGGAGAUGGAAAAGGUAUUAGGAAGGAAACCUUAUUUCUCUCUUCUUUAUGUGGACAAUUUUGAAAAGACAAUUAACCCUUUAACCUCCAAGAGUGAUGAGCACCAAGUGUCUCCUUACAGUAACGCCACUCAAGAAGACAUUAAGGUCAUGAGACUAAGGAAAAUGGUCACCAACUAAAAGGCUCUUGAUUGAUAGACAAACUCUCUUGUCAGUUCCAUAGGAAGUGUAUGGAAUACAUUUUGGAGAAUAUGCAUGCUGAUACUAGGAUAUAAAGGGUUAAAAGGGAAAUAGAAAAUCAUUAAAGAUAUAGGAUGAUAUGAAGUGAAUUUCUUAGUGCAAUUGGUGUCUUGCAAAAACCAUGUUAUUGAAAUGAGAAAAAUUGUAUUUGAUUAUGAAUUGGCUCUAAUAUUUCUGUCUUUUUUACUCAGAUUCUCCAAGAUUACAGCUCCUAUGACCUUACCAGACCCAUGCCUGGUUUAACUGAUGAUCAACAUCGUAGUGUUAUUCAUGAGGGAAAUCUGAGGCUUCUUGAAAAACAGGGCAAAGUGAGUGAAAGGCAUUACUAAUUGCAAACUAUCACUGCUGGUAAACUAGAUGCAAACUAUCACUGCUGGUAAACUAGAUGUCAGAUUCUGAAACUUGCUGCUUUGUUGUUAUUCCUUGUAUAGUAACCAUUUCACUCUGAGAAGUUACCAGACAAUAUUUCUCCUCACAAUGUCAGCCCAUUUGAGAACAGAAAGAUGAUCAGAAAAAAAGAAAAGAGUCAGUUUGUAGCUGUUGCUUGAUUCAAACCAAACUGUUAGAGUUUAACUUUGAAGGGAUUUGAAGUUGAGAGGGUGGUGCAUUUUAUUAGCUCUUGGGAAUGAAAUGGCUAACAACCAUCAAGUUGACCUCAAUUGAAAAAUCUUUUCUUUGCAGAUGGAUGUCUAUGUUUUUCUCUUUACUGAUUUACUUCUCAUAACCAAAGCAAAGAAAGCUGAUAAAUUCAAAGUGAUCAAACCGGUGAGUUAGCAAAAAGUGUUAUUGGCUCUUAAGAAAUCAAAAUCAAGUCAGACACUAAACUUGCACAUCUUGCUGGGGCUCUCCAUUCUCCUUGGGUAGUGUUACAGACAACUACGUCAAACUGGUCAGAGAUCCAUGUAAUAGUUAUGUACUUCUGCAUAGGGUUUUGCAGUACAUAACAAGAUUAAGAUAUGAUGAAAGAAGGUGCAUGGGAAAGAAAGCUCUAAGUGACUUUCCAUAGACUGUGUUAUGCUAAUGUGAAAUUGUCAUGUGAAACAGAAAAUUUCUAUAUCAUAUGAGAAUUCAGUUUAGCAGUAAGUUGUUAUCCACUCAUCCCUUCAAGUGGUGAUAUAAAUUGAUCAACGUUCAAUGAGUUGCAUAACAGAUUCUGAUGUAUUACUAUCAAUUAUUGCUAGAUUAUUAUUAAAUAAAACAAUAAUUUUUGAAUUAGCAUUGAUUAUCAUCAAAUUGAUGUUCUGUUCCUUUUUUUUUAGCCUCUCCAAGUGGAUAAGCUAGUCACUGCCAGGGAUCAAGGAGGUACAGUUCUUUGUGUUCUUUUUGUUUUCCUUAAGAAGAUGUCCUUCAUCUCUAGUUAGGAAAAAAAUUAUAGUGUGCAAUACAUCUCCUGUGUGUUUUAUCUGAAUGUACCACUCCCACUUGUCAAUGCCUCCUUAGAAUUGAUGUAAGUUGCAAUGAAAAUGAUGAACUUUGAUUAUUUUUAUUACCCUAGGGACCUUCUUACUUAUUUAUGUGAAUGAGUACAACAUAGCUGUACAAGCAUUUGCUCUCCAAGGGACGGCAAGUGAUCAGGCACAGUGGAUGGAUGCAAUAAAAAAGGCUCAGGUAUACCUGAAUCUUCAGUACCUAAAAUAUUGUUUUCUGCCAAAAACCAGGGAUACCUACUAUAAUUUCAGCUAACCAUUGUGUUGGUAAUUUCAUGAAUAAGUAUGCAAUAAGAGAAUGUAUUUUAAUUUUGGAAAGAGGAAAGGGAAGUUUUUAUGCUAGAUAUCAACUUAAUUUUCUUGAAUGAGGGUAACUAAUCAUACUAAUAUUUCUUAGAAAUUUAUCCAUAUAUUAAAGUAUUUGUUGUUGUUUUUUUUUUCAUUGUCUUAGAAAUUGUUCAUGGUUGCCAAAUUGGGGCAGGGAUCUAGUAAUGUACACCAUAUGCAAAAUCCCAACGACAAUGACCUUGUAAGUCCCUCAGGCCUUGUUACACCCUCUGGACUUUCACCUGCACUUCCUCGACCUCAACGCCGCAGAUCAUCUGGGUCAUCAAUUAUAUCAGUGGAGUCUGAUUCAGAAGACGAGCUAGGAAUGAACUUUUCAACCUUAAAUUCUCGUGCACGUUCUGACUCGGCAUUGACCACAGGAAGCAGCACCCAUUCCUCAGAAGUUAGAGGUAAAGAAGUAGCAACUAAAUCAACUAAAUAUACAGAUGGUGCUGCAUUACAACGACAGGAAGAAAUACUUUCAGUUGAAGAUGAACAGUUGCUAGAGGGAGCAAUGGCUAAGUCACGGUCUGAAUCUCUUGGAAAGAUAUCACGGUCCUCCUCCGCACCUCCAAAGGAACGACCACGUGUUGUGGAUUCCAGUUCCCUGUCGAGAUCUUCGUCAGCCCCACAAGGGCCCACGUCUGUGCGUGUGGCAAGUCUUAGGGAAGCCAUCGUAAUGAAGAGGAGAACUACAGAGGAGCAGGAUGGAUCUGUCACUUCUUCAUCUGCAUCAUUAAAUGACUCGGCAGGUGAUUCAGAGGUUCAGUCACCGUUGGCAAAUGCAGCUGUCGAUUUUCCAUUAGUUCCUCCACCAAAUUAUCAACAAACUAACGAAGUCAGAUCUGAGCCUCAGUCUCCAAAUCAGGAAGACUCUGGUGGAGAAUCACCCCGCACUCCUGCUGAGGAGAAUAAUAUUCAGCCUCCUUCAUCUCCUGAAAAAGGAGUCUCGUCUUCUAUGUCUGAUAAUGACUAUGAAAGCAGCGAAUAUGCAGGAGAACAAGAGGAGGAUUCUGUUGAGGAACCCCUCGAGUCUGAAGGUGAUUUAUCACCAAGUAAAGACUGUAGAAUGGAUCUUUCAGUUCCACAGGUGGAUCAAAUGCAAGAAUUUCAAGCCCUGCAAAAUUUAUCAGACUCUAUGGAGGCACCUUUUAAAAGUAAUGGACCCUCCAAACAACCGCCACUGAUAAAAUCUCAACUUAUUGCUCAAGAUAAGAUCCAAUCUGCAAUAACAACGACAGAACAACCACGCAAGCGUAUAUCACUACCAAGAAGAUCAUCACCUGUGAUUUCAAGAAAGACAAGACCUGAGAACAUAAUAAGACAUCGUGAUAGAGACAGUCAUGAUGUAAAUGGAAUCAUCCAAAAAAUUCGAGAUGCAUCUUCUGCAUCAGCCACAGAAGCUACAAUUUCAAAUCAAGAGCGUGGGCACAAAGUGGGGAAACUUACAAAAAGGUCUUCUGAGUCUACCAGACUUCCUGUGAAGCCUGAUAAGGCACACUAUCCCACAAGUGUAGACCUGGAAGAAUCCCAGGCAAAGGCUGAAAAAAAGAAGGAACACUGUAAUUCAUUGUCGCGCACCAGAAAAAAGAGCAUGUCUCUUUCAGACCUUCUGAAUAUAGGAAAAGACCUGACAAGUAAUCGAGAUAAAAAUAAAGAUAAAGAGGUGGACAAAGAUAAAUCACACCCAAAAAAUUUGGAACCAACAAGUCCCUUGACUGAUGAAGAUGCCAUUUCUCCUACUUCUGUUGAUGAACUUCGCUAUAAAAGAGAAGAGAAAAGAUCUCGCUUUAGUCGACUCCGUAGGAAGUCUAGUCGAGGUGUGGGAGAACUGAAGGAUGGUAUUGCGUCUGGUCCUGAUAUUGAUCCUAAAAGAGCCUCAAGGCAUUUCUUUAAGGAGUCUCUCAUGUUGGAAUCUUCGUAAGUAGUUUUGUUUGUGGAAAGUUGAUGCUUUGAUUAUUUUGAGAACUGGUUACCACCAAAUGAUUGCAUCUGAAUGUCUUGAGCUAUAAUUUUUCAUGUCAAAACUGGCUUGAUAAUUUUUGUGAGCGUGUGCUUUGAAUUGCUUUUUUCCCUGGUUUGAAAUUUAUGGAGGGCAUGCUAAAUGAUAAACUGUCUUUCAGUAUGACAAAAUGCUCUAGAAAAAUUUUUUUUUUAAUUUGGUGGUAGCCAGGCACAAGAAACUGUAAGUACCGUUCUAUAUCAGCACUCACACACCACUAGUUCAGACGUGUUAAUCUGUGAUCAUUCUAAUGGAGCCAAUAAUUGCAACUUACCACCUGCAAUGUCAUGAAGGUUAAUCUCACUUUGUAACAUCUAGAAUUUUAAUUAUAAUCCAUUUUCAGGCCUCAACCUGUAGGUUAAUAAACCCUUGUAACAAGUGGAUCAAUUACAGUCAAUAAGGGAUUGGUGUGAAAUGUAAGAAGGUCGCUUUUGAGUCACUGUUGAAACUUGCAGAAAAAUUCAGAAAAAUUCUAUAGUAAAUGUUGACUCAAGGGAAACCGGUUAAUCUUGAACCGCUUGAAAUGCUUGAAACACCAGCUCAGGCUCAGAGUGGACAAGUUCACCCUUUGGUGUGCAUGUUUAAAGAGGACUGUUGAGACGUGAGUGGCAGUGACUCUUAGUGAGCUCCUUCUGAUUUAUGCUUUUGCACCUAUCCUUCCUUGACAUAAACCUUUUGAGAUAAAUGAAAAUCACAAAUUAUUGUAUGGUAAGAUUGGCAAGAUAUUGAUCCAAAUUCUGAAUCUCUAAAUAAAUUUAUUUUACAUAACAUGAAUAACUCCCAAUGGAAGUGGAUGAUAAAUAAAUGUGAAUUUAUUUUUACAAUUUACUCUGGCACAAUUUUAAAUUUAAGAGAAUAUUAUUUCCAAAAGAUAUAAUACAAAUACUAUAUGAAUCUUGUUUUCAGUCAAUUAUCUUGAGAAUUUUAUUGUGUAAUCUCUGAAACUUUAGUGGUCAUAUUUUCCAGUAAUAGCGGAGCUCGCAGAGCGUAGCCCCAUAAUUAUACAAAAUAGAAGUAGCCCAUCAAGCCGAAAAAAAUUUGGAUGUACGACCGUACGACCGCACAAGGUGCUACUUUUAACAUGCGUGGUCAACUGUGCACCGGGCUCCGAGUUGGACGACCCGGGUUCUAGUCCUGGCCGG